CGUCAUGGUCCUCGUUCUGACAUCCAUUGUGUUGCAAAGGCAAAUGACAAUGCGGAGUGUGGCGAUUAAUUACGCGAGUAGGGUAGGGUAUGGACAAAGAGUGCGUGUUGCUGAGGCAUAAAGCAUAAGGAGCGAUGAGCCGUAUGAGAAAUAUUCGAACUCGCUCUCGUUCGGAAUCACUGUCAGACAAGACGAGUUCCAUUGUAGCAGUUCAAGGCAACGUGGCCAAGUUACCUUGUGAUAUAACGCCGUCGUUUUCGGCUGACAAAAUACACAUCGUUAUUUGGUUUAAGGAAGAUAACGAGGGUAGACUAAUGAAACCGAUAUACACUUUCGAUUCCCGAGAUAAUUCUGUAUUAGAACAAGGUAAACAUUGGUCGGAUGAGUUAAUCCUGGGAGACCGUGCUUACUUUCGUUUUUAUGAGGAUCCGGCGAAGUUGACAAUAAACAACGUUCUACUGAAAGAUGAGGGAUUUUAUAAUUGCAGGGUUGACUUUAAGCAGUCACCCACGCGAAAUUCAAGAUUAAAUUUGACAGUGAUCGUUCCACCGAGUAGUGUGAUGGUAUUAAAUGAAAAGGGAAAUAAAGUUACUAAUUACGUUCUUGGUCCUUACAUUGAAGGGGACGUAAUCUCCCUUACAUGUAUUGCUACUGGAGGUCUGCCAAUACCCAAAGUAACUUGGUGGCAGGAGAACGCCCUUUUAGAUGAUUCCAGCGAAAAUUUGUCAAAUAAUACAGUACGCAACAUACUUCAUAUGGAAAAACUACAAAGAAAGCAUUUUCACACAAUAUUAACUUGUCAAGCUUCCAACAAUGAUUUCGUUGCUCCUAUUUCUACCUCAAUGCGUCUCGAUCUGAAUUACAAGACGAGUUCCAUUGUAGCAGUUCAAGGCAACGUGGCCAAGUUACCUUGUGAUAUAACGCCGUCGUUUUCGGCUGACAAAAUACACAUCGUUAUUUGGUUUAAGGAAGAUAACGAGGGUAGACUAAUGAAACCGAUAUACACUUUCGAUUCCCGAGAUAAUUCUGUAUUAGAACAAGGUAAACAUUGGUCGGAUGAGUUAAUCCUGGGAGACCGUGCUUACUUUCGUUUUUAUGAGGAUCCGGCGAAGUUGACAAUAAACAACGUUCUACUGAAAGAUGAGGGAUUUUAUAAUUGCAGGGUUGACUUUAAGCAGUCACCCACGCGAAAUUCAAGAUUAAAUUUGACAGUGAUCGUUCCACCGAGUAGUGUGAUGGUAUUAAAUGAAAAGGGAAAUAAAGUUACUAAUUACGUUCUUGGUCCUUACAUUGAAGGGGACGUAAUCUCCCUUACAUGUAUUGCUACUGGAGGUCUGCCAAUACCCAAAGUAACUUGGUGGCAGGAGAACGCCCUUUUAGAUGAUUCCAGCGAAAAUUUGUCAAAUAAUACAGUACGCAACAUACUUCAUAUGGAAAAACUACAAAGAAAGCAUUUUCACACAAUAUUAACUUGUCAAGCUUCCAACAAUGAUUUCGUUGCUCCUAUUUCUACCUCAAUGCGUCUCGAUCUGAAUUUACCGCCGCUCACCGCGAACCUUGUUGGGGAAGAAUUUCCCGUUUCUGCCGGAAAAUUGUAUCAGUUACAGUGCGAAAUUGUUGGGUCGCAACCUCUUGUGAAAAUAACCUGGUGGAAAGGGCACGUUAAUGUGGUGGAUGCGCAUGAGAAGAACAGUGAUGACGGUAAUGUUACUAUAAGUACAUUAACCUUUAUGCCGACAGCCGAAGAUGAAGGGAAAUACGUAUCAUGUAAUGCGGAAAACCCUACAAUCCCCAAUAGUGCACUGGUGAGCGGGCGCAAGUUGACCGUUUUACAUUCGCCAUUACUUACACUAAAUUUGGGUAAGAAUCUCAACAAUAAAAUUAAGGAGGGUAGUGACAUUUACUUUGACUGCAAUAUUAAGGCGAACCCUUGGGUUUAUAAAAUCAGUUGGAAACAUAAUGACAAAAUGUUGAACAGUAACACAGCUAAAGGCGUAAUCAUAAACAACCAAAGUUUAGUACUUCAAAAUGUACGCAGAGAUAAAACCGGUUCGUAUUUGUGCGUGGCAAACAACGAGGAAGGUGAGGGCGAAAGCAAUUCGAUUCAUCUCGAAAUAGAAUACUCGCCGACUUGUCGCUCCAAAAAACCGGCCAUUCACGAGGCGACCCUUAACGAAACCCUCGAAAUAAAAUGCGAAUUAGACGCGAGCCCAAAGGAAUUCGAGUUUAUUUGGACAUUUAAUAAUUCAGCCGGUUUCCAACAAUAUUUAUCUCUUCAUCGAAAUGCAAGCGCCGUCAUCUACACAAUAAAAUCGGAGAAUGACUACGGAACUUUAUUCUGUAAGGGAAUCAAUCCUAUUGGUGAUCAAGAGGAGCCCUGCAUGAUCAACGUACUCCCUCGAAGUAAACUGGACGUGUUGAUCAACUGCACCAUAAGCACCGAAUCGAAUCAGUCGCUAAAUGUAGUCUGCACCCACAGAUUAGAUCCAGAUCGAAAACAUAGCUUUAUAGCAGAAGUUUACGAAUUCGGAACAGACAACCUGCUAAGGAACUUGACCUCCACAAAGUCAUCGUUCAUAAUCUACGGUUUAAAUCCUGGACUACAAAUUGAAAUUAAGAUAUAUAUAAUGACUGAAGCAGGUAGCAGCAAAGCAAUACAUCUUAAUGCCGUUAUUCCCAGAUGGGAAAACUUGGCAGCUUCCCCAUUAAAUUUUUCAAUUACACCAACUCUGGCAAUUACAGUGAGUAUAGUAGUAGUGUUGGUUUUGCUCUCGAUUGGAUUGCUCGCAAUUACGCGGUAUCGUCUUUGUAAAAGGCGGAAAAUGGAAACUAAUUAUAAUGAAGAAAACUCGUUAAAAACUAAAAUUGACGAUAAUGAUGUAGAUGGGGACACAAAUACGUUCACAAUUAAGGAGGAGAUGAAUCCGGACGUUGUUCCAUUAGCAACAAAUAUAAAGCUUCCUAAUAGCAGGAGUACAUUUCAGCAGCAGCCAUAUAAAAGCUAUAUUCAUUUAAAGGAUGUAGAUGACAUACAAGUAGAACGACCUUUGCUUCAUCCACAGUACAUUAAUCCACAUCCGAAGCUAGUUCACUACAACGCUAAUCGGAUGCCUCCGUAUAUUCGAGCUAUGCACCCUCGCUUUGCACCUGCAGGAACCAUGCCAGUUGUCCAUGAAGAUCAAGGAUAUUCAAUGGAUGCUUUCCGGCCGCUGUUAACCAAUCGCAUUAGUAGGAUGCCUAUGGUUGCCCUACCAACACAACAGCUUACUGCCACCCAGUUAUAGUUAGAUUUACGAGCAAUAAUAGCAAACUGUGAUAUCCCUAUUUGAAAAGAUAAUGUAAUAAGUUAUAAGCUUUAGAAAACCUAAUUGUAAAUAUGCAAGAUUUAAAGUAUUAUUUGUGUUACCAUGUGUGGAAUCUAAAAUUUAAAAUAA